AUGGCAGAAGGAACACGUUUGAAAGACCUCCAGGAAGGCUUCACCUCCUUCAAGAAGUCUACUGAGUCACAGUUGAGCACUUUUGGUGUGGAGCUACUGGCAAUGCGUCGGCAAAUGGAGGAAAUGAUGCAACAGUUCACCGCGUUGGCCUCAGAUCUGAAAAAUGGCAAUGCAAACCAGUCAAACAACAAUGGGGACAAAAGUGGACAACAGAUGUUACCUCAUUAUGGUGAUAUCUUACCCCACUUCAUACAGCUUGAAUUUCCAACGUUUGAUGGUAAUGAUGCCCAUGCUUGGCUUUACAAGGUAAAACAAUUUUUUACAUUCCACAACACAUUGCCUGAGCAUCGUUUGAGAUUAGUUUCCUUUCAUAUGGUUAGAAAGGCUUUGAUCUGGUUUCAAAGACUUGAUGAAUCUGGGUUGUUGGGUGAGUGGGAGGAGUUUGUCAAUGCUCUCCUCAUAUGGUUUGGCCCUUGUAGUUUGGAUGACCCUAUGGAACAACUCACUAGACUAAGGCAAGUGGGAACCGUCGAUGAAUAUAAGUCUGCCUUUGAACUACUUGCUAAUCGCCUAAGGCGAUUGUCUGAGAUAGAUAAACUAAGUUUUUUUGUCAGUGGACUUAGUGAUGACAUUCGUUUGAUGCUGAAAAUGUUUAAUCCUACAAAUUUGUCUUGCUCGUAUCUAAGAGGAAAAAGUAAUCCUCCAUCAAAAGUCAACCACCCAGCCUCCUCCCUCCCCUAUACUGAACCAACAACCACCAAAUACAAACCUCCACAAACCCAGCCCAUCACAAAACCAAACCCCUCCUUCAAUAAAGCUGUAGUGCCUGUCCAUAAAAUUAGUCCAAACCAAAUGAAACUAAGAAGAGAAAAAUGUUUGUGUUAUCACUGUGAUUCUAAAUGGCACCCUGGCCAUCGUUGUAAUAGUCCUAAGUUGUAUUUGAUUGAGGAGGUGGAGGACGAUAGUGACGAGUCUUUCGAAGCUACUAGCCAGUUUUCUGACCAGUCCAACGAAAAAGGGCCGUAUAAUGAGGAAAAGGCACCACAAAAGGUUCCUGAAAUUUCAUUGCAUGCCAUCAUUGGUUCUAGAAACCCUAAGACUAUGAGGGCGAAAGGCAAGAUUGGGAAUCAAUGGGUGGUAAUUCUUAUUGAUUCAGAAAAUACACAUAACUUCCUAGAUCCAGCAGUACUAUCUAGAGUUCACAUACCCUUAGUAGAGGAGGAUAAAAUCAGGAUUAAGGUAGCAAAGGGGGAGAUGGUGACUAGUGAGGGCAAGGUUAAGGGAGUGAAUGUCUCUAUUCAAGGAUCCUAUUUUUUGGUCGAUAUGUAUGUUCUUGUGUUGGCUGGAUGUGAUAUGGUACUAGGAGUGCAUUGGUUACAAGGUUUAGGCCCAAUCUUAUGGAAUUUCAAAGAAUUGACCAUGCAAUUUACAGCUCAACAAACUGCUGUUCAGUUAAAAGGGCACAUUAGCAAUACUUGGAUUGAAGAGAGUCCCAUUCACAAAGGUAGCCAUUUGGGAAGCAAGGGAAUCCUUUUGCCGUUCAUUGAAACUACAGCCAACCACCAACCCAGCCAGACCCCAGAAAGUAUACAGAAACUCCUCAAUCACUAUCCAGACAUUUUUGCCACCCCAAAAGGCUUGCCCCCCCAUAGUUCCCAUGACCAUGCCAUCAAUUUGCAAUCAGGAACUAACCCCAUUUCUGUCCAUCCCUACCGACAUCCUUAUUUUCAAAAGGAUGAGAUCGAAAAGAUUGUGAUGGAGUUGCUGGACUCUGGGGUUAUUGGGCCCAGUCAAAGUCCUUAUUCCUCACCUGUUUUGUUGGUGAGGAAGGCGGAUGGAAUGUGGCUUUUAUGUGUUGAUUAUAGGGCAUUAAACAGUGCCACUGUCAAGGAUAAAUAUCCUAUUCCAAUGGUGGAAGAGUUGCUGGAUGAACUGCAUGGUGCUAAGAUGUUUUCAAAGCUUGACUUACGGUCAGGCUACCAUCAAAUGCGGCUGAAGCUUGAGGACAUACCAAAAACUGUUUUUAGGACACACUAA